GCUGCGGAGGUCGGCGCCAUGACCUUAUACCGGAUGUCCCGGUUUCUCGGUCGCGUUCCGGCCACAGCGUGGAGAGCGGCAAGAUCACCCCUUUUGUGUCAUUCUUUGAGGAAAACAAGUUCCUCUCAAGGUGAAUCUGAACCUAUCAAACAAUCUCUUAAGAAGCCAAAGUUACCACAAGGUCGUUUUGAUACACCAGAAGAUACCGAUUUAGAGAAAGACGUACUGACAAAAUUUCCAGACGAUGUUAAUCCUGUUACCAAAGAGAGAGGUGGACCCAGGGGCCCAGAACCUACCCGAUAUGGAGAUUGGGAACGAAAAGGACGCUGUAUUGAUUUUUAAUCUACGUGUUCAUUAACUUCAGUAUCUUUUUCUGAAUACAUACAUCUGAAUUAACUUAUUUCUGAUUACUUUUCUGUAUAUCCUUUGAUCAUCUAAUUUCUAUAAUGUGUUUAAAAGUACAUAUGGCUUCGGAAGAAAAUAUGCUGUUGUAAAUUAGGAAAAGGAAAAUAUUUCUGCAUUGUCACAUUGGUUUUAAUUUAAAUGUAUUGGGGUAUACACGUGAUGAUUAUACCUGCAGACUUUUCUUUCAUCAUGUUUUAGUUUAAAUUAAUUACUUAUAAAAUGCAAAUAUACAUAAAGCAACUUUUGUUAAUAAUUAUGUUGCCAUGUGCUAGGUAAUAUUGGCUUUUUAAAUGUGAGGUAACUAGUGCAUUAUAUUUCAGAAGGCCAUAGUAACAACAUAAAAUAUUUUACUUGGAGCCAGAUUACUUGAGUACAAAUCCUGGCUCUACUACUUUCUGGCUUUAUGACCUUAUGUUAAGUUCUUUUACUUCUCCGUGCUUAAGUAUCCUUAUGUGUAAAUUGGAGAUAAUAUGAGUUCCAGCUCACAG